UUAAUUUCUAACUUAUAAAAUACUCGUUUUGAAACUUAAAAGAACUCGUUCCUCGGAGCUCAGUAAGGACGAUAUCAAGGACAUAAGAAGAGGAUUAUUAUUAUUCUGCAAUCAAGAAUGUCGACCGUUGAUGUCAACAACGAUGUUACAAACGGUGCUGAAAAUGUGCACGUGGAGGAUGUGCAUAUAGAGGAUGACCAGGAUGAUGAUUAUGAACCUUUAGACAGAAAUGCAGAAAGGAUGGAAAGGUUGGAAGAUAUAAGCACUAUGUUAGCUGAGUUAAUCCAAGAAUCCCGGAGGAAGGUAGUUACUAAUGAAAAUGAGAGCGCUACGAUGUUCAAAAAGUUCUCAUCUCUUAACCCACCUUUAUAUGAUGGUAAGCCUGAUCCAGUGGCGUUUGAAGAUUGGAUUAAUCGCAUUGAUCAGCUGUUUGAAACCUUGCAAUGCCCUGAGAAAUGGAGGGUAGACUUUGCUGUAUUUUAUCUCACGGGCCAAGCAAGUUUAUGGUGGAAGAUUGUUAAGGAAAAGAAAAAUGAACCUGGGUUUGGAUGGAGUAAACUUCAGGAUUUGAUGCGAGAUAAAUUUUACCCUCCUUCACUUAGGAAGCAGAAGGAAGAUGAAUUCCUUCACUUACAGCAAGGUACAAUGAGUGUUUUGGAAUAUGCUAAUAAGUUCAUGGAGCUUUCAAGGUUCGCACCUGAGCUAGUAGCUAGUGAGCAGUCAAGGAUGAACCGCUUUGAGCGAGGUCUUCAGCUCAAAUAUCAGGAUAGGUUGGCAUCUCAAAGGUUCACUUCAUAUCAGGAUAUGGUUGAUGUUGCCGUUAAUGUGGAACGGGUAGUAUUGCUUCGAGAAUCUCAAAAUAGUAACUUUAAAAGGAGGAAUGAUGGAAGGAGUGAUAAUCCAGGAGGAGCAAAAAGGCCGAAUCAGGGUUAUCAAGGAGGCCAAAACUUUAGGAGGAAUGAUACCAAUCAAUUCGGUUCAGUGGACAAGGAGGCAACAAACACCAGAACAACUAUAAGGCAUCAGCGAACAGAUCCCAAGGGUGUACUAAGUGUGGAAGAAUGA